AUGGCGGCGGAGGCGCAGCCCCAAAUCGUGGUCGAGGUGGCCGACCAACCACCUUCGCCGAGACGACCGAGCCGCGCGUUGAAACCGAGCGCGAAAGCUCGCGAAGCCAUGCAAUCGCUCGAGGACGUGGCUACCACGUCGAGGAGAGCGGCGAGCGAGACCACGCGGGCGGUUACGACGCGAGGAGCACGCGCGUCUGGGAUUUUAUAUGGAGCCAACAGCCGGAUCGAGACGGGGAAGUCAGGUAUACAGAUGCUCCUGGAGGCGAUCAACGAACAACGAGACGAAAUGUACCGAAUGAUUACCGAGCAGCGAAACACGAUUGGCGAACUACGCGAGGUGAUUUGCAAGCAGCACGACGCGAUUCAAGAACUACAUCGCCAACUUGCAGACACCAGGACCCAGCUUUCUGAAGAACUGAGACAAGCGCGGGAUCAGAUUGAUACCCUUCAACGCCACCCGGUAGCCAUGGCUUCGUCCCAACCAAGCGCAAGAGGGUCAUACGCCGAAGUCGCUCGCACCCCACCAUCAAGCCAGCCAAGCGGUGUGCGCACCCUCUCCUCGCGAAACACGACGCCUUCAUCCUUUACCGACACGUUGUUCUGUACGAUCGAUACAUCUAGGGUGGAGGAGAAAGAGAAGGGAAACGUCCAGGUGGCGGACAUUAGAAAGGCAAUCGAGACAGAGGCCAGGGCACAGGAAAGCAUGGGAGACUGGCGUUGCGCUGCGGUUGUGAAGGAGGCCCGAAACCCGGACCGAGUCAGAGUAAUUUGCAGGGACGAAGGCGAGGUCCAGCUCGUCAAGGAAGCGGCAGUGAAGAUCAGUGUUCCUGGAGUGCGGGUAUUGAGAGACCAGUUGUACCCGGUGAGGGUAGACAAUGCCAACCGAACAGCGGUCCUCGAUGCGGACGGAAACAUCCUGCCGGGAGCCGCAGAGGCGCUAGGGACAGAGAACGACGUCAACAUUGCGAAGAUUGCCUGGCUCAGCAGGAAGGAUACAAGCAAGGCCUACGGCUCGAUGGUUGUCUACGUGACGAAGGGCAGCGAAGCAAGGCGACUUCUAGACGGGCGUUACUUCCAUCUCGCCGGAGAAUCCGCUUACACGACCGUUUUCGCGCCCCGGGAAGGCCCAAUCCAGUGCUACAGAUGCCAGGAGAUCGGCCAUAAGGCCUUCGCCUGCAAAAAGCCGCAAAGAUGCGGAAGGUGUGCGGAACAGGGUCACCACCACAAGACGUGUCAGUCCGUGGUCCUGAAGUGCGUGCUAUGCAGAGGACCACACGAGUCAUUUAGCAAGAACUGUCGGCAGAGUCUGCUAAACGACGAGGGACUCAAGGACUUCGCAGUGCUGGCCAUCUCCGAACCAUAUGCCAGGCUGAUCGAAGGCUCGGUGACGACGGUCCCAAUGAGUCAUCACAACUGGACGAAGCUUAUACCAACGACAAGACGAGAAACCACGUGGCCAAUUCGGAGCAUGCUAUGGGUACGAAGCGAUAUAGAGGUCGAGCAGAUUCCAGUGCCGUCGGCAGACCUCACCGCAGCACGCAUUCGGCUCCCAGAUCGGGCAGUGCUGAUGGUGUCAGUGUAUGUGGAGGGUGGUAGUGACGAAGCACUGGAAGAUGCAAUGAGGGAAAUUGACCGACUGAUUAGGAGGUUUCGAAACGGAACAGGGACGAGAACGGAUAUCAUCCUGGCGGGCGAUUUCAACCGCCACGACCAGCUUUGGGGAGGGGACGAUGUCUCACCACGGAGACAAGGCGAGGGAGACCGCAUCAUCAACCUCAUGGACGAACACUCCCUCUGCAGCCUCCUCCCAAGAGGCACGAAGACGUGGCAGUCAGGCGACAUUGAGAGCACAAUCGACCUGGUACUGGCCUCUGCAGAACUAGCAGACCAACUACUCAGAUGCGCGAUUCACCCCUGCGACCAUGGCUCAGACCACAGAGCAAUCGAGACAGCUUUUGACACCUCGGUGGAGGACCGUCCCAGUGAGACGAGGUUCCUCUUCAAGAACGCGCCCUGGGCGGAAAUUAGGACUAGGGUGGCAGCAAACCUCGAACGCAUCCCCUGGGACGGCAAUGUCCAGCAGCAGACGGACAGGCUCAUGGCAGCGGUAACCGAGGCGGUCUACGGCCUGACACCUAAAGCCAAACCCUCACCAUACGCCAAGCGGUGGUGGACAACGGACCUGACACGGCUUCGCCAGACAUACACGUUUUGGAGAAACCAGGCGAGAUCUCGACGUAGGAUUGGGCAAACAGCACCAGAGCUCGAACAACGAGCCAGGAUGGCAGCCAAAGAGUACCACGACGCCAUCCGCAGACAGAAGAGUUCGCAUUGGAACGACUUCCUGGCCGAUGACGCUAACAUCUGGCAAGCAACGAAGUACCUGCAAACCGGCAGCGGCACGAUGGGCGAUAAGAUACCCCCGCUCGUCCGACCCGAUGGCUCCAUCACGGAGGGUAAAGCAGAACAAGCGCAGGAGUUACUCACCGCCUUCUUCCCACCUUUGCCAGCGAGAAUCGAAGACGAGGGCCAACGACCUCAACGGGCGCCGGUACACAUGCCAGACCUAACAAUGGAGGAGAUAGAACAAAAGGUCCUGUCCGCUAAGCCAUGGAAGGCGCCCGGGGAAGACGGUCUACCGGCAAUGGUAUGGAGACAGCUCUGGCCAGUGGUCAAAGACAGGGUGCUCCAUUUAUUCCGGACGUCGCUUCGAGACGGCGACAUCCCCAGCCAGUGGAGGAAUGCCAAGAUCAUCCCAUUGAAGAAGCCAGGGAAGAGCGAAUACACUCUAGCCAAGUCCUGGAGACCCAUCUCGCUGCUCUCCACGCUGGGUAAGAUACUGGAGGCAGUCAUUGCGGAGCGUUUAUCCCAUGCUGUGGAGACCUGCGGCCUUCUACCCGCCAACCACUUCGGAGCCAGGAAGAGACGCUCGACCGAACAGGCUCUCCUUCUGCUUCAGGAACACAUCUACAAAGCAUGGAGAGCUAGGAAGGUGCUCAGUUUGAUCAGCUUCGAUGUCAAGGGCGCAUACAAUGGGGUCUUCAAAGACAGGCUUCUCCAGAGGCUCAAGGCAAGAGGGAUACCUGAACCCCUGGUCAAGUGGAUCGACGCCUUCUGCUCCAAGCGCACAGCGACCAUUGCCGUAAACGGGUUCACAUCUGGACGGCAAGAGCUGCCCCAAGCGGGUCUUCCGCAAGGAUCGCCGCUGUCUCCAGUGUUGUUCCUCUUCUUCAACGCCGACCUAGUGCAGCACAAGAUCGACGCGAACGGAGGCGCAAUUGCCUUCGUGGACGACUACACUGCCUGGGUAACGGGCCCGUCAGCGGAGUCGAACCGCACUGGAAUCCAAGCUAUCAUCGACAAAGCCCUUGACUGGGAGAAACGGAGCGGUGCGCAGUUUGAAGGCGAAAAGACAGCCAUCAUACACUUCACGAGGAACAUGGAGCGAUUUUCAGAACAACCGUUCUCGGUCAAAGGCGAAGUGGUCAAACCGAAGGAAAGUGCGAAAAUCCUAGGUGUCGUGAUGGAUCGCGAACUCCGCUACAAGCAGCACAUUGCUAGGACGGCAGCUAAGGGCCUCGCAGCCGCUCUGGCCCUGAAGAGGCUGAAGAUGCUUUCCCCGCGGACAGCGAGACAGCUAUUUGUUGCGACAGUAGCCCCGGUCAUGGACUACGCUGCCAAUGUCUGGAUGCAUGCGUGCGGGGAAAAAGCACUGAGCUGGCUGAACAGGGCGCAGAAGAUCGGGGCCCUGGCCAUCACGGGAGCCUUUCGAACCGCGGCAACAGCCGUGGUGGAAGCUGAAGCGAGCAUCUACCCCGUACGAGAACGACACGCCCAGGCGGCAGCCAGUCUGUGGAUCAACAUCCACACGCUGCCCGGAACGCAUCCCCUUGCCAUGAAGAAAGUCCGGACCACCGUACGAUUCGUAUCUCCGCUGCAGAAAAUUGCCCGCGUGGCUGAAGGAGUACGAGUUGACCGGAUGGAGACAAUCCAGGAAUACGCCGUCCCGCCCUGGGUACCUCGCCUACGACCGACGCUCGAAGCCGAUCGAGGGAAGGCGGCCGAGAUGGUCAACAAAAUUUCGGGAAUCGUGAUCGCAACCAGCUCAUCCGUAAAGAAGGGCAUUGUUGGCAUGGGCGGCCUUGCACGGGAUACUCUCUUCAACAGAACUAGCGAGACUGUGACAAACUAUGCUGUUGUUCUUGGGACAAGGGAAGAGCAGAACCCAUAUACAGCAGAGCUAGCAGCCAUCGCAAUGGCCCUGGAGAAGUUACCGGCUAGCAUCUGCCACAGGCACAUCACCGUGAUCACUAGGAACCAGUCAGCGCUGGCAGCAGUUGGACAGCCGCGGCAGCAAUCCGGCCAAAGCAUCAUACGGCAAAUCUACGACUUGGCCAGGCUGCACCGACAAAGAGGGAACUCGGUCAACUUUCUGUGGAUACCAGCGGAGAUUGACUUCGCGCUGGGGUCAGAUGCCAAGGCAGCAGCCCAGAGAGCGUCGAAGCAAGGACGCACACCCGACUCCCAAAUACCCCAGGCCAAGUCUACCGCGAUGAGGCUGGCAAUGGAAAGACAACGGGCGACAAGAGUUCUACCUGUAAGCGUGGGCAAGUUCUCAAAGGCCAUGGACGCAGCACUACCAGGCAAGCACACGCGCCAUCUCUAUGACAAGCUGAAGCGAAGGGAGGCCUGCGUAUUGGCGCAGCUCCGAACCGGAAUGGCGAGACUAAACGGUUUUUUGAGCAGGAUUGGGGCGGUCGAGUCAGACCUUUGUGCCUGUGGACAAGCGAGGGAAUCAGUGGAACACUUUCUUUUCCGAUGCGUGAGAUGGACAGCUCUGAGGGAAGACAUGCUGCAAUGCACAGUGGCAAGACGAGGAAGCCUCUCGUUCUAUCUGGGAGGGAAAGCGCCAUCAGAUACAAGGCAUUGGUCACCAGAUAUGAAGGCAGUCCGGGCGACGAUCAAAUACGCAAUGGCAACAGGAAGGCUGGAGCUGAAUGAGGAGGAGAGUCUAGACCAGUCACAGUAG